UUUGCCAAGAUGACAUCAAAACUUUGGCUGUUGCUAUUGUGUCUAGCACAACUUGGCCUCAAGGAACAUGUGCGCGCCGAAACCACAACACCAUCAACUGGUCUACAAAAUCUCUUAAAAUUCAAUUUAACUCCUGCCGCUGCCAAUGAUUCGUGUGCCUACUUUAAUCUGUACAAAUAUUUGUUUGAAGAAAUGGACAGUCAAAAUCAUCCCAUGAUUCAAGCCUAUUACAAUCGGGUGGUGCAAAAGCUGUACGAAACCGUGCCCGCCAAUAUUUUGUUCCUGCAACUGUGGCAGAUCUACAAUAAAUGUGAUCCCUCAACAUUUGUGGCCAUGGUGCGCUCACAACUGAGUUUAUUUUGGCUGCACAACAUGAACGAAUAUCCGGAUCAUGAUUAUUUGCUGAUGGUGGCCAAUGGUUUAUAUAAAAUAAAAAGUUACUAUCUGUAUAACAGUUUGAAUAGCAGGACCCAUCUGCUAUUCGAUCGGGCCGUGAAAAGUCUGCCCAAUUCAUUGCAUCAUUUGUUUGGCCAUCAGGAAUUCUGUUUGAUGAAUCGUAAACAUCAGGAAAUGCUGUAUCAAACGAGUAGUGACGAAUUUGUGACCAAUCAUGAGAUACGUUUUGGUUUCACCUGGCAUUUCAUGAAGCGCUACAAUGAUGGCAAGGGUAAAAUUAAGCCCAUUUUUGAGGACUUCAAUAUGACAUCAUACUCAGAUGAUGAGGAAGAAUUAGUGGGUGGAAAUGAGACCAGAGAUUUGGUUAAUAUACCCGCUUCUUUAAGUAUAGCUUUGUAUAAUAAACAUUUCAAGAAUUUCUAUGCAAGAUGGCCAGUUUAUGAUCAAAAGAUUGGUGGCAAUUUAUCAGGAAUUCCUGAGUUUAUUUGGCAGCAGGAUUAUCAUUUGUGGUCGGUGAAGGUAGUGGAUGAUGAUCAUUUAGUUUUCUUUCAAAAUCAAUAUAUAAUGUGUGCCACUUCGUUCUAUGACAACAAGAGAAGGUUUGUGUUUGGUGUGAAAAAUCGCUCAAUGCUGGAUACUGAGUGCCAGUGGAGUGCUGGCAAUUGUGAUCGUAGACAAGUUUAAAGAAAGUGUUCAGUAUACAAAAUAUUUAGUUGAAAUAAUAGAGACUAAGUGAAUUUAUAUAAUUUAGUUUUAACAAAAGUCAUUUAAAUAAAAAACAAAUUU